AACAAAAUAUUGUGUAGAUAUAUACGAGUAAGUAUGUACGUUCGGUUACGACGAGUACAAGUACCUCAAAUUUUUACGCGAGUUCGUAUCGAUUUGGCGCGCUGCUUAUAUGUGUACUUAUUAUACUUAUAAUAGCUUUUCCUUAUAUAACUCGAUUUUUUCGUAAAUUUAUCAUCGCUUUCGUACAAAUAACAAAACGCUAACGCCCAACGUGGUGGGAUGAAUUUUUGAUACUGCGAAGAGAGACGAUUAAAAUGUCUCUGGAAAGCAACGAUACGGCCACAUCUUCAUCGGCGACUGUUUUGAACGUGGAAAACGAUGACACGCCGUCCAGCGUGGAUGCUCAAACGCCAGUAUUUUCGGUUACAGGCAUUCAGCAACAGCAACGGGGCGGAUACGUCUUGCCGAAUAAGAUGAAUAUGCUUAGGUCGCCGAGCAGAGAAUCGGUAGGUACGGAUAUCUCUUUGUUUUCCGUGUCCACGCUGGCGUCCGAGCUGACCAGCAGAAUGAAACUGCUGUCGGUCAAAAUACCCGGAGAUGGGAGCAUAUCGAGGGGCCCGAGUCCGAAUUUCGAUCGCAGAAGAAGACCAGAGAACAUUCAAGAAGUCUGGUUCGAAGAAUCCAACGACAUGAUACGAGGUAUGGCGGCGCUCUCUUCGGCUGUAGGGCUAUCGAAAAGUUUCAGCACAAGCGACAUAACCGAUUUACUGACCAACGACGAAGAUAACGCAGAAAAUGGCUUCCUACCGGUCAAAAGAAACGCCAUUUCCGAGUUAGCCAUCAGUGCCAGCCAACACUCCGGAUAUCUGUUCGAGCAAAGUGUCAAAUUAGACAACGCUUCGAGAUCGUGUUCGACUUGGGUAGCGGUCGGAGAUAUGCCUUCAACUUCGCAGUUACCGUCGCCGCACGGAGGCGCCGUACCAUCGGCCGUGCUCACUUCCAAUACGCCCGCAUGCGGACCAAGCUUCACUCCUGCCGACCUUAUACGAUCCGUUAAUAAAAAGGUGAGGCAACACUACAUCAGACGCAGACUAAUGACCACCUACAAAGCACUCGAAAGACUCUCGCAAAGCGAAUUCAAUCUAGACAAAUUAGAACUGGAGGCAGCGGCUAGUACAAAAACCAGCGGAAACCUGCAAGAAAACCGCAACUCGACGGCUGGCUUCAGCGGCGACCAUUUGUCGAGGCAGAGCACAGCUUCGAAUCGACUCUCGGUACCCGGCGUUUCAUCGGGCACGCGACGUCAGUGGAAAAAUACCCCCGCAUUAGUAGACACGACUGAGGAAAGACUGACUAUCAACGAUGUAGAAAGAGAACGAGGACAACCGUUAUCCAAAUACGAUCGAAAUAUGAUGAUUUUCAAUUGGUUACUCACGCUGGAGCCGGAUGAAUGCUCAGUUGAGACUUAUUGAAAAUAAAAAAUGAAAACAAAAUGAGAGCGAAAACCAACGCUACCUAAGUAUGCUGUAUAUAGUAGGCGCAUUUUGUGGAAAUUAUGUCGAUAUGGGCUUCGAAAAUGAUAAGCCCUUCUUCCCAUACUUCUUUUUUCUUCCGAUUUCGUUAUGGUAAUUGUAUGUACGUAAAUCACGUGGGUGUCUUUUUUGGCGUUACAUAAAUGUAGAAGUAAAUGCCAUAUUUUUUUUUAGCCCCCUCAGAAAAUUUCUUGGAAAAACUAUUGAUCUAGUGAAGCUAUAGAGGACAAACUAAAAAGCUUGUUUAAAUCAGCAUUUGCAAACGCGUUCAUUUAAUUAGACAUUGACUGAAAAAAAUUAGUAGGUACCUGCCUAAUUACAAAAAAUGAGUUCGCUAUUUUUUCUACCCCCGUUUUCUAAUUUUUGUACCCUUCAUUCGCUAAUUAUUUUACUGCCCAUUUUUCGCUGUGUUAUUAAACGUGUAUAACAACCUAAUUCGAAGUUUUCUCAAAAAUUAUUAAUUAAUCACGCCAAAAAGAGCCCUUCGCAUCAACAUUGGUGUAUUCAUUGCUUGAAAAAGAUUGAAAAAUCAACUUGAGAAUUUUCUAGAGAUUCUGUACUUAUUUGACAAAUUUUCAUCGAAGAAUUAAAUAGGUAGAUAGACGUAUUUCUGGGGCUUCAAAAUUCCCGAACCACCAAAUGAACACGUUGUUUUUCACAAGAAACUAUUUUUUGCAAACAAAUGUGGUGAAGAUUUGCUGUGAAAGUUCCUGUUUAAAUUUUGUGUUUUCAAGUUACUUACUGCUAUAUGUAAAUAAAUAUUUGAGUCUUC